CAGCGUAAGAAACGCAAACCGUACACCCGAUAUCAAACUAUGGUCCUAGAGAACGAAUUCGUCGGUAACUCCUACAUUACGAGGCAGAAGAGAUGGGAGAUCUCAUGUAAGCUACAUCUCUCUGAAAGACAAGUCAAGGUUACUUAUUAUUAUUAUUAUUAUUAUUAUUAUUAUUAUUAUUAUUAUUAUUAUUAUUACUAUUACUAG